AUGAAUUUAAAUGGAGGAAACACUACAACCACAAGUGGCAAUAGCGAUACCAACGAGGUGUGCCUUUGGAGAACCAGUGAGCUGCUAAAAGGCUGUCAUACAGUGGGGAGUGGUUACGCUUGCAUCGUGCUUAACCGGCCAAUACAAGUGUCACCACCGAUAGUUAAAAAAAUAUGGCAAAAUGCACAAAUUCGUUGCCUAAUAGAUGGUGGCGCCAAUCACUGGAAUGAAUUCAUGCAUAUGCAUUGUGAGGGAGAGAAACUAAAGCUACCGGAAUAUAUAACUGGAGAUUUCGACUCCAUUACAGAAGAAACAAGGAAGCUUUUUAGUGCACCAGAUAUUAAAUACCAACACACACCUAACCAGAACGAGACAGAUUUUACAAAAGCUUUACGAUUUUUGCAACCACAGAUGAAAUCGGAAGACAUACAGGAAGUUAUUGUAUUUCAAGAGAAUACAGGUCGUCUAGAUCAGAUAAUG